AUUGCCUCGGAUUCACUUCUCCGCACGUCCUACCUUCCGGCAGGGUUGAAAACCAGUGACCUGGAUGAGAGGUUUACAACGUGCUUUGAUUCCCUGCUCCACCAAGGGAGCAAGAGCUCACUAAAUGACUUUGGGAAGGGAGAAGCUGGACUGAAGGAGAACCCACGCAGUUGGCCACAGGCUCUCAAGGAAGAGUGCGCAGAAGCAUGGAAGCAGAGUCGCUCAGCAAAGUAUGCCUGACUUUGGAUAUUGACUUCCCUGCGAACCCGCCGGUGACUCAGGACGGCUUCCGGUGCUCAGGUGCUGAGCAGAGUCAUGUGUCUUUGGGACAUCACUAUGCAGAUGCAAUUGCAACCACAUUCUUGAAAAAAUGCAAAACAAAUCAGAAUCCUACCCAGCAAAAAAACAAAAACAAACCACUUUUGAUACAGGUGACAACAUGGGUACAUCUUAAAAACAUAGCAAGUGAAAGGAGGCAGUCACAAAAGUUUACAUGCUGCAUGAAUCGUUUCUAUGCCUUUCUAGAAAAGACGAAAAAGCACAUGACAAAAAUCAGAUCACUGCUUCCCAGGAACUGAGAGUGGGAGAAAGAGGUUAAUGCAGAAGUUCAAAGGAAUUUUUUGAGGCAGGUCUCUCGAACUUCUUCAUCUUGCAUGACUGAAACCCACCACUGAACAGCAACUGUAUUUCCCCCUGGAAACCACCCUGAGAGAAGCUGGGAGCUGGGAAUUUUCUCCUUACCCACGGUCCUGAUCCAGGGGGAGCUGCUAAUGAUUGAUUCCAGCCAGACUCUAUUUUUCAGGACAGUGAGGAAGUCAUCAUGCAGAGAUUGCCAUUUCUAAAUAAAAACUCGGCCCUGGAAUGGAAGGAGUUUUGUCUGUUGUGUUUACUGUCCGGAAUGGAGCUGUGACAUCGCAGGUUCUCCAUGUUGAAGGAACGUGAACUGGCUCAGUUUUCACAGGGAAAUAGUGGCCUCUGGUAGCCACAAACCAGAUUUUGGUGUUAGAUCUACUUUCCUUCAAACAUGUUGCUCAUUAACUGAAUUCUGCUUAGAAAGGAUUAGCCUGCAGAAGGAGCCCACUUCAGGAUGCACGUGUGGAGGAAAACCACGGUGGCCUGGUUGUGACUGGCAGCUGCACAGCUGUGUGGCAUGUCCCAGAGUUCUGGGAACACUGUGGCUGGUUCUCAGAGACCCGUCUAGACGGCAGCGAGGAGCUCAGUCAUGUGUUCGAGGAACCCGGAGACACUCUGGUCUGCAUUCAAAACAGUUUUUUGGCCAUUUUAAAAUGGAAAAACAUUCUUAGCCUAGGCUGUACGGGAGCAGCACACAGACUCACUCACAGCCUGCCGGCCCCCAGCCUCCUAGAGCAUUGAAGGAUCCUGCGAUUCUUCCAUCGAUCAUCUGUGGUCUAUACUAUUGUUAUUAUGUUGUUUGGUCCAGGUCUCAUGUCCUUAACCAGGUCGUACAUAUGUGAGGGUCACUGCUUCAGGGAUGGUUCUUCUGACCAACUCUUCAAGCUCCAAAGAAAAUGAUGUGCUAUUUGGUCAAGUCACUGCUUCUGGAACUGUUCCAUUGGUGAACUCUACCGACUCUGAAAAUAAUGUGACAUAUGCCCAAAGGUACCUGGAAAACUUUUACGGUUUCGUGAUGGACAGAAUUCCAACGACAAAAAUGAAAGUCAAUAGGGACUUCAUGGAGGAUAAAAUUCAGGAAAUGCAGCAGUUCUUGGGGCUGAAAGUGACUGGGAAACUGGACUCAUCUACUCUGGACAUGAUGCACAUGCCCCGAUGUGGAGUACCUGAUGUUCAUCACUUCAGGACGAUGCCAGGGAGACCAGUAUGGAAGAAACGUUUAAUUACCUACAGAAUCAAAAAUUACACUCCUGACAUGCGCCCUGCAGAUGUUGACUAUGCCAUCCAGAAGGCUUUUCAAGUAUGGAGUGAUGUGACCCCCUUAAAAUUCAGAAAGAUUAAUUCAGGAGAGGCUGACAUUAUGAUACUUUUUGCAUCUGGAGCUCAUGGAGACUACACCCCUUUCGAUGGUAGAGGUGGAGUCAUAGCCCAUGCUUUCGGACCUGGAACCGGGAUUGGGGGAGACACACAUUUUGAUGAGGCUGAAAUCUGGACUAAAAACUACAAAGGCACAAACUUAUUCCUCGUUGCUGUUCAUGAGCUUGGCCAUUCCUUGGGUCUGAGCCAUUCCAGUGAUCCAAAAGCCAUCAUGUUCCCUACCUAUAGUUACGUUAACCCGAACACCUUUCGCCUCUCUGCUGAUGAUGUACGUGGCAUUCAGUCUCUCUACGGUCUUCCAGAAAGGCGCCAACCCUCAUCAAAUCCUGACAGUAGAGAAUCAGCCACCUGUGACCCCAACUUGAGUUUUGAUGCUGUCACUACAGUGGGAAAUAAAAUCGUUUUCUUUAAAGACAGAUUCUUCUGGUGGAGGUAUCCUGAGAGUCCAAUGAGCAAUGCUAGUUUAAUUUCUUCUUUGUGGGCGACCUUACCAUCUGGCAUUCAAGCUGCUUAUGAAGUUGGAGCCAGAAAUCAAGUUUUUCUUUUUAAAGAUGAUAAGUACUGGUUAAUUAGCGAUUGGAGACCACAACCACGCUACCCCAAGAACAUACGUUCUUUGGGCUUUCCUGACUUUGUGAAAAAAAUUGAUGCAGCUGUUUUUAACCCACUUCUUCAUAAGACCUACUUCUUUGUAGAUAAUCAAUAUUGGAGGUAUGAUGAGAGGAGACGAUUCAUGGACUCAGGUUAUCCCAAAUUGAUUACCAAACACUUUCCAGGAAUUAGACCUACAAUUGAUGCAGUCUACUAUUAUAACAGACACUACUAUUUCUUCCAAAGAUCUGACAUAUUUGAAUAUGAUGUCGUAUCCCAACGUGUCACCAAAAUGCUGAAACAAAAUAUCAAGUUAGUUUGUUAGGAAUGGUAUAAUUAGUGAUGUUGGUCAAUUCACUUCAGUUAAAUAAGUAUUUAUUCCAUACUUGCGUGACGUGUGUCUUAAAAUAAAGUAAAAUCUAUAGGCCAUAGAUAAAUUAUCAUAUAGACAGGUGACUAUACAAACUACAUAAGAUUUUUUUAUUUUGAAAACCCUCCUUGUCAAUUUUUACUUGAUUCAACUAUUAAGCUUGAAAACAGACACUUUUUCAAGGGGCAACAGAAUAUCUUGCUCCUUGAACAUCCCAGAAGUGAGAAAUUAUCAUUAUUUCUUUGCUUAACUAACAUUAAGCAAUGCUUAGUUCCUGUGGCCAUUAAAUGCCUCAGCAAGUAUAUCAUUUUAAUUCUUUUGGAGUAAAAACAGAAUAUACCAGAAAAUGACAUUUACUAUAAGUAAUAUAUAAGUAAAUUAUAUAAUUAUGGUGAUAAUGUUAUUUUAUUCUCUUGUCAGUGUUGAUUUUUCUAAAUCUUAAAGUAUAUACAUAUAUAUAUAUAUAUUUUCCUUUUGCUCAAAUAAAAGCUCUGAAAGAAA